CUCUCUCAUAGCAAAAUUUCCGAUAACUAGAAGCUUCUCUCUGGGCUAAAACAAUGGUUGUCGCGCAGAAAGUGAAGGAAUCUGAGAUCACCGAGCAGGACUCGCUUCUGCUCGUAAAUCACUCUUUCAUCUUUGCUUUUUCUCGUUUUUUUCUAUUGAAUGUUGGAUUAAGUGGUGAACCAGAGUUCAUAUUUACAGUUUGCAAUAAGAAUGUGAUUCUGUACCAGCAAGGUUGUUAUGCUGGAGUUCAAAUUUACUACCAGCAUGUUGUUGAAUACAGAUGUUACGCAGAUCUGACAAGGAAUCUGUUGCGUAUUGCUAUAUUCAAUAUCAGUUACAUCAGAGGACUUUUCCCAGAGAAAUAUUUUAAUGAUAAGUCUGUUCCAGCUCUGGACAUGAAGAUUAAAAAACUUAUGCCUAUGGAUGCUGAAUCGCGCAGACUCAUUGAUUGGAUGGAGAAAGGUGUUUAUGAUGCUCUGCAGAAAAAAUAUCUGAAAACACUCUUGUUCUGUGUCUGUGAGGCAGUAGAUGGUUCAAUGAUUGAGGAAUAUACAUUUUCAUUCAGCUAUUCCAGUGCUGACAGUCAGGAGGUCUCAAUGAACAUUAAUCGUAGUGGGACAAAGAAGGGAGGAAAAUUUACACAUAACUCCAUGACGGAAAUAACCCCUACUCAGAUGAGGAGUUCUGCAUGCAAAAUGGUCCGCACACUAAUUCAACUGAUGAGAACUCUGGACAAGAUGCCAGACGAGCGCACUGUGCUGAUGAAGCUUCUUUACUACGACGAUGUCACACCAAUGGAUUAUGAGCCCCCUUUCUUCAGAGGCUGCACAGAAGAGGAAGCUCAUAAUCCAUGGACAGGAAAUCCUUUGAAGAUGGAAGUGGGUAAAGUAAACAGCAAGCAUUUAGUACUAGCCCUGAAGGUUAAGAGCAGGCUUGAUCCUUGUGAGGACGAAAACAAUGACAAUCAAGAUAAUGAUGUUAGCUUGGGAGCUGAUUCUAUCCAAAAGGAUGAAUACAGUGAAUCUGACAGUGAUACCAACGAUUCAGAUGAUGAUCGAUUUAUUGUGGCACCGACAGAGAAGCGACAACUGCACGAAGAUAAUGAAGCAAUUGAUGAAGAUGAUACCCAAGAAUUACCAGAAGAUGAACAACAAUUGGGACGAGUAAAGGAUUGGAUCAGCUCAUACCACCUUGACACAAUUGAGCUCACUGAUGUCCUCUCAUAUUUCCCUGAUAUCUCCGUGGUACUGAUUGAAGAAUUUAUGGACAGGCUUGUGAAGGAAAGUUUUAUAUCAAAAGCUGAAGGAGAGAGCUAUGUCAUCAACAGUAAAAAGAAAUUUGAAUAUGAGUUUGAUGCUGUGAAAGAAGAAGUUGAUGUACAAAUGGUAGCACAAUAUGGAAAAGAUGGAUAUAUGGGGGUAGAUCGCAUGUACAUGAAGGCAUUAUAUCAUACUCUGCCACUGGAAUACAUAACAGUACCAAAACUUAAGAGCAAACUUGAAGGUGAAGCCAGCCCAAAUACAGUUCGUAAGCUCAUUGACAAAAUGACACAAGACGGCUUCAUUGAGGCUGGCAGCAGUCGCAAACUCGGCAAGCGUGUGGUCCACACCGACCUGACUAAGAAAAAGCUGAUUGAAGUCACAAAGCUCUUAACAAUAUCAGAUGCUAUGGAGGUUGACAAGAAACAAACUCUAGACAUGUCCAACCAUCCAGAACUCGAUCGUGCGGGAAACAAGUACAAGGACUUGUCCACUUGCGGGGGCCUUCACUCCAUUGGAUCUGAUGUCACACGAACAAGAGGCAGAUCUGAACCACACAUUAACGGCUCCAUCAGGACAGAUCAACAAGGUGUUUCCAGGAGAAGGGAACUUGGUGGGAGUACUCCUACCAGCAAGGCCGAGCAGCCAGCAGCCUCGAGGGAGAGUUUUGUGCCUGGUGCUGAAAAUGGCCGGACUGUUACUAAUUCUCACCAAGGUGAUGAGAUGGAUGUGGCAAUGGAAAGCAGGGCAAGCCAGGACAAACGUUUUAGGAAAACAAGCACGGUCAAAGAGCCUAUCCAGCAGCACAGCAAGCGCCAGAAAUCUCAAGCUUGAUCUUCUACUGAAUGCUCCCAUCUGCUUGUUUCAGCAGUGCUAUGUCUGUUUCUUUUUAAGUGCCUAAAAGAUUCUAGCAAGUAUGACUGUUUAUUGGACUCGUUUGCUGGCUGUUUAUUGAAAAAUGAGAUCUAAGUAUCAGAAAUUUGAGCAAGAUGGCUAUGAAUAUGUCGCGUCUCAAAAACGAGUGUGUUUCGAUAUGUUUCUGACAGGCUUCUUCAUUUAUGUUUGCUCAAGUUCAUAGAUCUUGUAUCCCAUUUUCUUCCAUAUACUUCCACUAUUGGGAAAUUUAUUACAAGUUACAGAAUCCCAAGAUUAUAAAUUGAGAGAUG